AUGCAGCAAGAGCGUGGAAAGGAACUACCUCCGACGCCGCUUGCGGGCCUACAAACGCAAUGCAGGAGUCGUCCUGGAGAUGCGUAUACACGCCUGUUAGAACAGGAGAACGAGCAGCUCCGGCUUCUAAACCAGAGCUUGUUACAACAGGUCAAAAAGUUCGAGAACGCUCUUCGAGAAGAGAUGCAAGAAAAGAAACCCUUGCAAGAGAGGAUGGAGCGCUAUAGCGAGGAGCUGAAGCGACGCGACAAUCUUGUCGCAGAGAUGGCGGAGCUAAUCAUCAGCGCAUUUCAGCGUUAUAAGACCACAGUAUCAGAUCCAGAAAGGGAGUCGGUGUACAGCCAUUUCGAAGAGGAAUCUCCACAGGAAAUUAAAAUUGGCUUUAUCUAG